AUGGCUUCUGCACCCGGCAGCCUUCGGCCCAGAGUCUGGAGCCUAGAACCUCAGGAGCUGCACCGGGUUUGCCACGAGGAUGAGCCCCUCCCGCAGCUGGUGCUGGUCGGGGACGGCGGCACCGGGAAGACCACCUUCGUGAAGCGCCACCUGACGGGCGAGUUCGAGAAGAAGUACGUGGCCACCCUGGGCGUGGAGGUGCACCCGCUCGUGUUCCACACCAACCGCGGGCCCAUCAAGUUCAACGUGUGGGACACGGCCGGGCAGGAGAAGUUCGGGGGGCUGCGCGACGGCUACUACAUCCAAGCCCAGUGUGCCAUCAUCAUGUUCGAUGUAACUUCGAGAGUCACUUACAAGAACGUGCCUAACUGGCAUCGCGAUCUGGUGCGCGUGUGUGAGAACAUCCCCAUCGUCUUGUGUGGCAACAAAGUGGACAUCAAGGACAGGAAAGUGAAGGCGAAGUCCAUUGUCUUCCACCGAAAGAAGAACCUUCAGUACUACGACAUUUCUGCCAAAAGUAACUACAACUUUGAAAAGCCUUUCCUCUGGCUUGCUAGAAAACUCAUCGGAGACCCUAACUUGGAGUUCGUCGCCAUGCCUGCCCUCGCCCCUCCAGAGGUGGUCAUGGACCCCGCGCUGGCAGCACAGUAUGAGCACGACCUCGAGGUUGCUCAGACCACCGCGCUCCCAGACGAGGAUGACGACCUGUGAGGGAAGCUGCAGCCCAGCGUCAGAAGUCUAGUUUUAUAGGCAACUGUCCUGUGAUGUCAGUGGUGCCGCGUGUUUGCCACUUUAUUAUAUAGCUAAGCAAAGAGAACCUGUGCUUGAUCCUGGGAUGCUGAGAUGAAUGGGCUUCGAGUGAAUGUGGCAGUUACAAUACCUUCACUUUUUGGACCUGCAUAUUUAGCUGUUCUGGAACGCAGUUGUUUCCGUAUUGAGUUUCAACUAUAAGAAUGCUGCAGUCGCAUCACGAUACUCAGUGGUGAAACCUUGUUUGUUACUGUCAUUCCCAUUCCUUUUCGUUUAGAAUCAGAAUAAAGUUGUAUUUCAAAUAUCUAA